AUGGAAAUCCAGAGAUACAUGGAAAAAUCCGAAAGUGGCAUCACUGUCCUAAAUAUUACCAUAGGGUACUUAAAGGUUGACACAACAAAUAUUUUUGAUGUGGGACCAAAUGGACCUGAUGAUGGUAUUGCUUUUUGCCAAGUUCAUCGCAACUCUAUUAAGCGGUUGAUACAACAAAUGUUUUUGAUGAGGGACAACCACAUAGACGUGAAGUUGCUCCUGAUCCCACAGCUCCUGCCAACCAACCGCUCCAAUCCUCGAGACUCUAGAAAACAAAGAGAACCCAGAAAAAUGUUAAGAAAUAUGGGAAAAGAAUAUACCACAAAAAAGUGUAAAGUUAUAAAAGAACGCGUAAUGAGACCUCUUCCACUCUGCCGCUCGAAGUGCAAAGACAAAAUUCCGGAGGAUGAUAGAAAUAAGCUUUUUCACCAGUACUGGAGUCUUGAUGACUAUGAUAAGAGAUUCGCCUAUAUUUCCAGUCUUUUUGUGAUUGAAAACAAGAAAGCUACCAGACCACGAAUAGAGGAUCCAGAGAAGUAG